AUGACACAGAGGAUAAUAAAACAAAUUGAAAAUCUUACGGAUCGUCUUUUAGAAGCCAAGCAAAAUAACAGAAGGUUUGAAGAAGGACGUGCCUAUUGCAGUCUCGGCAUUGCUUAUCACUCCCUCGGCGACUUCCGACGAGCACUAGAGUACUACGAGAAAGACCUUAGCAUUGCCAAGGACGUCGGCGACAGGGCCGGAAAAGGACGUGCCUAUCGCAAUCUCGGCAAUGUUUAUCAAAACCUCGGCGCCUUCCAACGAGCAAUAGAGUACCACGAGAAAGACCUUAGCAUUGCCAAGGACGUCGGCGACAAGUCCGGAGAAGGACGUGCUUAUUACAAUCUCGGCAAUGCUUAUCACUCUCUUGGUGACUUCCAGCGAGCACUAGAGUAUCACGAGAAACACCUUAGUAUUACCAAGGACUUCGGCGACAGGGCCGGAGAAGGACUUGCCUAUGGCAAUCUCAACAAUGCUUAUCGAAACCUCGGCGACUUCCAACGAGCAAUAGAGUGCCACGAGAAAGACCUUAGCAUUGCCAAAGACGUCAGCAACAGGGCCGGAGAAGGAGGUGUGUAUUGCAAUCUCGGCAAUGCUUAUCUCUCUCUUGGUGACUUCCAACGAGCACUAGAGUACUACGAGAAAGACGUUAGCAUUGCCAAGGACGUCGGCAACAGGGCCGUAGAAGGAAAGGCCUGUGGCAAUCUCGGCAAUGCUUAUCACUCUCUCAGUGACUUCAAACGAGGAAUAGAGUACCACGAGAAAGCCCUUAGCAUUGCCAAGGACGUCGGCGACAGGGCCAGAGAAGGAAAGGGCUAUGGCAAUCUCGGUAAUGCUUAUCGAAACCUCAGCGACUUCCAACGAGCAGUAGAGUGCCACAAGAAAGACCUUAGCAUUGCCAAGGACGUCGGCGACAGGGCCGGAGAAGGAAGGGCCUAUUGCAAUCUCGGCAAUGUUUAUAAAAACCUCGGCGACUUCCAACGAGCAUUAGGGUACCACGAGAAAGACCUUAGCAUUUCCAAGGACGUCGGCGAAAGGGCCGGCGAAGGACGUGCCUAUUGCAAUCUCGGCAAUGCUUAUUACUCUCUCGGCGACUUCCAACGAGCACUAGAGUACCACCAGAAACACCUUAGCAUUGCUAAGGACGUAGGUGACAGGGCCGGAGAAGGACGUGCCUAUGGCAAUCUCGGCAAUGCUUAUCUCUCUCUCAGCGACUUCCAACAAGCAAUAGAGUACCAAGAGAAACGCCUUAGCAUUGCCAAGGACGUCGGCGACAGGACCGGAGAAGGACGUGCCUAUUGCAAUCUCGGCAAUGCUUAUCACGCUCUCAGCGACUUCCAACGAGCAAUAGAGUACCACGCGAAACACUUACGCAUUGCUAAGGACGUCGGCGACAGAGCCGGAGAAGGAAGCGCCCAUUGCAAUCUCGGCAAUGCUUAUCACUCUCUCAGCGACUUCCAACGAGCACUAGAGUACCACGAGAAAGCCCUCAGCAUUGCCAAGGACGUCGGCGACAGGGCCGGAGAAGGAAAGGCCUAUUGCAAUCUCGGCAAUGUUUAUAAAAACCUCGGCGACUUCCAACGAGCAAUAGAGUACCACGAGAAACACCUUAGCAUUGCCAAGGACGUCGGCGACAAGGCUGGAGAAGGAAGUGCCUAUGGCAAUCUCGGCAAUGCUUAUUACUCUCUCGGCGACUUCCAACCAGCACUAGAGUGCUACCAGAAACACCUUAGCAUUGCUAAGGACGUAGGUGACAGGGCCGGAGAAGGAAGUGCCCAUGGCAAUCUCGGGAAUGCUUAUUACGCUCUCGGCGACUACCAACAAGCAAUAGAGUUCCAAAAGAAACUUCUUAGCAUUGCCAAGGCCGUCGGCGACAGGACCGGAAAAGGACUAGCCUAUUGCAAUCUCGGCAUUGCUUAUCUCUCUCUCGGCGACUUCCAACGAGCAAUAGAGUACCACGAGAAAGACCUUAGCAUUGCCAAGGACGUCGGCGACAGAGUAGGAGAAGGACGUGCGUAUAGCAAUCUGGGCAAUGCUUUUUACUCUCUCGGGGACUUCCAACGAGCACUAGAGUACCACAAGAAACACCUUAGCAUUGCUAAGGACGUCGGCGACAGGGCCGGAGAAGGACUUGCCUAUGGCAAUCUCGGUAAUGCUUAUCAAAACCUCGGCGACUUCCAACGAGCACUAGAGUACCACGAGAAAGACCUUAGCAUUGCCAAGGACGUCGGCGUCAGGGUUGGAGAAGGACAUGCCUUUUGCAGUCUAGGCUUGUCUUUUUUAAAAUUAGGUUCUUUGAAUGAAGCUUUAGCUCAUUUUAGAUCGAGCGUAGAAACUCUUAACACAAUUAGAGCCAGUCGCAUUUCCAAAGAUGUCUGGAAAAUAAGUUUUCGUAAGGUUUGUAAAACUGCCUACACCUAUUUAUGGCAAGUUCUUUUAAUGCUUCAAAAGACGGACGAGGCUUUAUACGCUGCUGAGCAAGGAAGAGCACAAGCCUUGCGAGAUGCCUUGGAAAUAAAAUAUGGCUUCCCAUCAUUUCCACACAGGUGCAAUAAUUCUGAAGACGAGUUUACAAACACUUCAAGAAAAGUAUCUACUUUGACAGCUUUUCUUGCAAUACAAAAUGAAACAAUUAGUUUAUGGGUAUUGGGAAAGGAAAGCAACGCUGUAUUCAGGCAAGCAAAGUUAACAAGUGAAAGUGUACACGAAGAUUCAUUUGCUGUUCUUUUGGAAGCUGCUUUGAAAAAAAUUGAUGCUGGGGUCGAUGUAAGAUGCGAGAAUCGGUCAUUGGAUCAGGUAAGCGACAAUCCACAGAAUCCAGCUCCCAGUACUCGAGGCGAUGAUCGAAUAUUGGAGCCAUCAUACAGUAAUACCGACUGGUUAAAGCCACUGUAUGAUGUUGUUAUUGGUCCAAUUGAAGACUUGCUUAAUUGUGAUGAACUUAUUGUAGUCCCUGAUGGUGCUUUGUCGUUAGCUCCAUGGGCAGCCCUAAGUGAAUCUUUAAGGAUUCGCACUGUUCCCUCACUUGCAAUUUUGAAACUGAUCACUGAUUCUUCAACUGAUCACCAUACUAAAGAUGGAAUCCUGCUUGUUGGAGAUCCAAGUCUGGAGAAAGUUACAAAUAAACGGGGUAAGCCCAUUCACAAGCAACUUAAUUACGCAAAAAAGGAGGUGGAAAUGAUUGGAGAAAUUCUAAACUGCCAAACCCUUACAGGGGAAGCUGCAACAAAACAGGAGGUGCUUAAAGGAAUAGAGUCAGUCGCUUUAGUUCACAUUGCAGCUCACGGAAGAAAGGAAACUGGUGAAAUUGCCUUGGCUCCAAACCCCGGGUGGGAAUCAAAGAAUCCUAACCCUAUGGAAGAGGAUUAUAUUUUGAAGAUGUCUGAUAUACAAGCUACUGAGUUGACAGCGAGGCUGGUUGUUCUCAGUUGUUGCCAUAGUGGUAAAGGAGAAGUUAACUCCGAGGGCGUCGUCGGUAUGGCGCGGGCUUUCUUGUUUGCUGGUGCUCGUUCUGUGCUAGUGUCACUCUGGGCAAUCGAUGACGAAGCCACAAUGGAGUUUAUGAAAAGUUUCUACCAACACCUGAGAGCUGGCGAAAGUGCUAGCUAUGCUCUUCAGAAGGCCAUGAAAUGUCUCCGGGACUCGGAAAACUUUUCUGCCCCAAAGUACUGGGCCCCAUUUGUGCUGAUUGGCGAUGACGUUACAAUUCAAUUUGAUGAAAAUCAUUGA